AUGCAUUUCUGCACGGCGCAGCGCGUGAGCGCGGCAAGAGCCGCUCCUGCCUCCCCGCACUGCAGGCCCCGCGUACGGGCCGCCGUGUCGCGGAUUCAACGCCGCGUGGUGGUGCGGGCCGACCCGGACGAUGCACCUGCCGCCACCGAUGCAGACGUCGCUCCUCAGGCCUCGCGCGCCCCAAGCAAGCCGGAGACGCCCCCAGCGCCCGCGGAGCAGAAGGACCCGCGAUUCAAGGGAUUCAAGGCCCUGGUGGUCGGGGCGUCUGGGAGGACGGGCCGCGAGAUCGUGAAGCGGCUAGUCAAGGAGGGCGUGCCCGUGCGGGCGUUCGUCCGCGACACCGCGAAGGCCCGCGAGGUCCUGCCUGGCGAGGACGAGGGCGUGGAGUUCGUCAAGGGCGACGUGAACCAGCUCCAGGGGCUUGCGCCCGCUGCGGAGGGCUGCAACGUGGUGUUCAUCGCCACGAGCACGGCGCCGCGGACGGACCCGUUCGGGCCGUUCGAGGUCGAGUACGAGGGCACGAAGAACGUCGUCGCCGCGGCGCGCAUGGCCGGGGCGAUCCAUGUGGUGCUGGUGAGCACGAUCGGCGCGGACGACCCGUUCUUCUUCCUCAACAUCUUCUUCGGCAUCGCGUUCUGGAAGAAGCGCGCCGAGGAGCACCUGCAGCGCUCCGGGAUCCCCUACACCAUCGUCAGGCCGGGGGGACUCCGAGACACCCCCGCCCGCGGGUCCUCGCAGGGCAACAUCGUCAUGGAGGGCCCCAACACCUUCGGCACGCCCCCGAAGCGGCAGGUCGGCAGCAUCCUGCGCUCCCAGGUGGCUGAUGUGUGCGUCGAGGCCAUCUUGGAGCCCACGGCCGAGAACCGGGUCGUGGAGAUCAUCGCUAGCCCGUCGGAGCCGAGCAAGUCCAUCGCCGAGCUGUACCGGGCGCAGUCGCUGUGA